GUCGGAACUGUGUUUUACAAAGUAUGGAUAGCUUAAAAUCUACUAGCGCUGGCGUGGUCUUUGGUGCUGCCUUGACUUUAUCCCGAGUCUACAUACCAACAGUCAUCAUCAACCAAUUGAGACUCCAUGAUUUUCAUAUGUUAGAGGUGUUCCUGACUGCCAGUGCAUCUAGCGCACUCAUUAUGUUGGGAUUUGAGAAGUUCGGCAUUGCUAAACGGUCUGUCAGAACCAAUUCAUCUCUCGGUUGGUUCUCCCGCUACGACGGAAACAUCAUUGGUGGUAGUCUCUUAGGUGUCGGCAUGGGCCUAACAGGAGCAUGCCCUGGAACUGUGCUUCCUCAGCUUGCUCAGGGAAUAGAAUCCGCACGUUCGACCGCCCUAGGUGCAGUACUAGGUGGUGCCAUCUACGCAAAAUUCGGAAAGUCGCUGGUCUUCAAUAGCCGUUUGAGCAAAGACGAGGUUCCAGCUGACCAAACCAAUCAUACUAUUUCGUCAAAGUUCAACACAUCGCCUUCAGCAACUUUGUUGACCUUUGAAGCCCUUGUGGUUACUUCUACUGCAUUAUCCGCUUUGUUGUUACCUGGAAAGACUUUUGCAAUCUUGCCGACCGUGGUUGGUGGAUUGCUCAUAGGCGCUGCUCAAGUAGCCUCGAUCUCCUUGACAUCAAGCCCUCUAGGUGUUUCAAACGCCUACCAACAACUUGGCAGCUAUCUUUGCAGAGUUAUUAGGUUUAAGGAUGUUCCACAACCACCCUUUCCACCAAAGUCCAUCCUCUUUGCGCUGGGUAUACUGAUUGGUAGUGCAGUUUCUGGUCCGCUCUUACCGACACUUGCAAACGCCGGAACUGUACCUAUAACACAUGUUCAGGCCAUUGUAGGUGGAUUUAUUCUUAUUGUUGGCGCUAGAAUAGCAGGUGGUUGCACUUCAGGUCAUGGACUGUCUGGCUUGGCAGCCAUGUCAUUUUCGAGUCUAAUUACUACGGCGUCCAUGUUUGGUGCUGGUAUUAUUACUCAGUUAAUUUUAAAGUAGAC